UGAAGCUGAGAGCGCGGGCGGAAAGAGGGUUGCGAACUCUGCGCGCGGUGCUCCAUAGGAAUUGUAGUUCCUGACACGAGUCCAGCCAUACUCUUGCCGGAGGACAGGACUUCCCUUCCCGGUAGGCCCUGCACGCGGGCCCGGCAAAACCCUGCUCCGGCUUGAACAAAUCAAAUCUAAGGAAAGAAACUGCCGGCUUUCAAAAUUCCUCCUCCGCCGCCAUCAUCGCUGGGGGAUUGUAGAGCAGGUGGUGUGCACAAAUCUGACGAGCAGCCGCUGCAGCGAGGACGAUCGGGCGGACUGGGAACUGGCACUGCCGCACGGAGGCGCGGUGACCCUCACGCGGGCUCUCGAGCCGUCCUCGACACGCGCGUUCCGUCACCCCACGCGGCGGCGCCGCCUGUUUGCGUUUGUAGGUCUCCCGGGCAGCCCACCAUUGUUGCCAGCAUGGCCUCAGAAGACAUUGCCAAACUUGCAGAGACCCUGGCCCAAACCCAGGUGGCCGGAGGACAGCUGAGCUUUAAGGGCAAGAGUCUCAAACUGAAUACUGCGGAAGAUGCUAAAGACGUGAUUAAGGAGAUUGAAGACUUUGACGGCCUGGAGGCACUACGAUUGGAGGGUAACACGGUGGGUGUGGAAGCGGCCAAAGUCAUCGCCAAGGCAUUAGAGAAGAAGUCAGAGCUGAAGCGAUGCCACUGGAGUGACAUGUUUACUGGAAGGCUUCGAUCCGAGAUCCCACCUGCUCUGAUCUCACUAGGGGAGGGGCUCAUCACUGCAGGAGCACAGCUGGUGGAACUGGACCUCAGUGACAACGCAUUUGGACCUGAUGGAGUGCGAGGCUUCGAGGCCCUCCUCAAGAGCCCAGCAUGCUUCACCCUGCGUGAACUCAAGCUUAACAACUGUGGCAUGGGCAUUGGAGGUGGCAAGAUCCUGGCAGCAGCUCUGACUGAGUGUCACCGCAAGUCCAGUGCCCAAGGCAAGCCCUUGGCCCUGAAGGUGUUUGUGGCUGGCAGAAACCGCCUGGAGAAUGAUGGAGCCACUGCAUUGGCAGAUGCUUUUGGGAUCAUCGGAACUUUGGAAGAGGUCCACAUGCCACAGAAUGGAAUUAACCACCCUGGUGUCACAGCUCUAGCCCAGGCAUUCUCCAUCAACCCCCUGUUGCGAGUCAUCAACCUAAAUGACAAUACCUUCACUGAGAAGGGUGCAGUGGCCAUGGCCCAGACCCUGAAGACCUUGCGGCAAGUGGAGGUGAUAAACUUUGGAGACUGCCUUGUGCGCUCUAAGGGGGCCAUUGCCAUCUCAGAUGCUGUCCGUGGGGGCCUGCCCAAGCUGAAGGAGCUGAACCUGUCCUUUUGUGAAAUCAAGAGAGAUGCUGCCCUGGUUGUUGCCGAGGCUGUGGCUGACAAGGCUGAGCUGGAAAAGCUGGACCUCAAUGGCAAUGCCCUGGGAGAAGAAGGCUGUGAACAACUUCAGGAGGUGCUGGACAGCUUCAAUAUGGCCAAGGUUCUGGCAUCCCUCAGUGAUGAUGAGGGAGACGAUGAGGAGGAGGAAGAUGAGGAGGGAGAGGAGGAGGAUGAAGAGGAGGAGGACGAGGAGGAGGAGGAGGAUGAUGAAGAGGAAGAGCCACAGCAGCGAGGGCAAGGAGAAGAGUCAGCUACACCCUCACGAAAGAUUCUGGACCCUAACAGUGGGGAGCCAGCUCCCGUGCUGUCCUCCCCGCCUCCCACAGACCUCUCCACCUUCCUGUCAUUCCCCUCCCCAGAGAAGCUGCUGCGUCUUGGGCCCAAGGUCUCUGUGCUGCUAGUCCAGCAGACGGAUACCUCUGACCCUGAGAAAGUUGUCUCAGCCUUCCUGAAGGUGGCGUCUGUGUUCAGGGAUGAAGCCUCAGUGAAGACAGCAGUGCUGGAUGCCGUCGAUGCCCUCAUGAAGAAGGCCUUCAGCUCCUCGUCUUUCAAUUCCAACACCUUCCUCACCAGGCUGCUCAUCCACAUGGGCCUGCUCAAGAGUGAAGACAAGAUCAAGGCCAUCCCCAGCCUGUAUGGCCCCCUGAUGGUGCUGAACCACAUGGUGCAGCAGGAUUACUUCCCCAAGACCCUUGUACCCUUGCUGUUGGCAUUUGUGACAAAGCCCAAUGGUGCACUGGAAUCCUGCCCCUUUGCCCGCCACAAUCUGCUGCAGACACUAUACAAGAUCUAGGCUUAAAGUCAGCUUCUUCUUGUCCCUCACCCUGCACCAGUGACUAAGGGGACUUGGAUGGACUAAGCUCAGCCAAUGUCUCCAUUGGAUAGGACUUUGACCAGAGGCAGGGGAGGGUCUUUGUCUCGUGUGUCCUGUUGGUUCCGAGUAUGUACGUGUGUCGGUGUGGUAUGUGUAGGUAUGUACUUCCUGUCUGGAUUGCAGAUGGUCAUCUCUCCUUGCUGGACUAACCUAGGUCCACUGUGGGGGAUUGAUGCCCAGGGAAAGGGGCUGAAAGCUGCUGUUAUUAAACUUACUGCCAACUUAGCCAUAGGCUCUGUUGGCUGUCCUGCCUACCCUGCCUUUCUGUCCCACCAAAGCCUGGGGAGCUACUGUGGCCUGCUGUCUCCACCAUGCCUAAGGAACUGUCAGGUGGGGCUGUCAUUCAAAAGUGAAACUCCAGUCUCAGCCCAAAAGAGGAGCCAGGGGCCAACCCUAAAUAGCCCAGGAGUGGGAACUGCCUGGGGUGCCCUGCCUCUUGUACCCAGAGGAAGCACUUUGGCUGGCCCAGACCUGUUCUUCAUCCUGGGGAGGGGAGGGCAGGUCCCCUAAUGCCUAAGCCACAUGUUGGGCUGCUUGCUCUUCAGGGGUUUUCUGUGGCAGGAGAGAACCUGUGUAGUGGGGAUUGAGCUGGGUAGGAGAUGCCUUGUGACUUCCCUUAGUGGCUGUAUGGCCACCUCCUGCUUUCCUUGUAUUGUGUAUCUAGGCUGUGCCUGGGAGCUUCACAAAUAAAAGUCACCUGUGGUAGCUGCA